GCACAGAGCUCGUGAUUUGCGUUCGCUCGUCUGUCCAGCGAACAGCGCCUGACGGGCCGACCAAGACGGCGACUCCCGCCAUUGCAAAAACCGCAAGUUCUUGGCUUCGAUCUUAGCGCCACGCCCGGAGCACUAAUCACGAAAUGAUCCUACUACUACAAGCCAAGUCACUUGAAAUAAUUGCUCACCAAUCAACCAUUUCCGAACGUGAAGCAUGUGAUGAUUCACAGUAGCUCAGUCGUCCUGCUGCUACGCUUGCCGGCAGCUGUCGAGUGCUGGAUCUGCUUAUGUAUCCAACCGCUACUCCCGGCACUCCUCGACAACAAGGUCCCGUUUCUUGCUGCUCGCCGCCGCGCCAUGGAACCCCUCUCCCUCCUCCUCUCCCGCGCCCCGUGUCCCUUCGCCGCCGCCGCUGCGCCAUUGAACACCAGCAGGCCGCUUGGCGGCGCCCGCCUCGUCCCACGACGGUGGAGUCGCCCCGCCAACCGGCUGUCGGUCUCGGACGUGGCGGCCGAGACGACGCCGCGGACCGAGGAAGCGCGGUCCCCAUCGCCGUCCGGGGAGGACGCGUUCGACUGGCUGGACCAGUGGUACCCGAUCGCCCCCGUGUGCGACCUCGACCCCCGAGCGCCGCACGGCAAGAUGGUGCUCGGGCUCAGCGUAGUCGUCUGGUACGACCGCGGUGCCGGCGAGUGGCGCGUGUUCGACGACGUCUGCCCGCACCGCCUCGCGCCGCUCUCCGAGGGACGCGUCGACGAUAAGGGCCGCCUCCAGUGCGUCUACCACGGCUGGUGCUUCGACGAAGCCGGCGACUGCAAGUUCAUCCCCCAGGCACCCGCCCUCGGCGCGCAAGUGCACAAGAACAGCAAAGCGUGCGUGGCGUCGUACCCCUGCGUGGUGCAGAACAAAGUCCUGUGGUUCUACCCGAGGACAGAGCCCGAGUACAAAGGCGUGCUGCAGAGGAAGCGGCCGCCGUACAUGGCCGAGAUCGACGACCCGUCCUACUUCACCGUGUUCGGCAUGAGGGAUUUCCCAUACGGGUAUGAUAUUUUGGCCGAGAACCUCAUGGACCCUUCUCAUGUCCCAUAUGCACACAAGGGGCUGAUACGUAGAUUCCGCAAUCCGGAAGAUCCCGGGAGAGAUCAUGAUCAAGAAGGUGGGGGUCCAAUCAAGUUGAAGAUAGAGGAGGCGAGCAUAAACGGGUUCCUGUCGGCGAUGGAACGGGGCUACUGGAAGUUCGUCGCCCCGUGCACGUUCUACAGCUCAGGGACUAGCCAAGCUGCAAAUCAGGGCAACAAGAAGACGCCUCGGUUCAUGCUUGUGGUCUUCUGCGUUCCGGUUGCUCCUGGGAGGAGCAGGUUGAUCUGGGCGUUCCCAAGGAACUUCGGGGUUUGGCUCGACAAGAUCAUACCACGGUGGUUCUACCACAUCGGCCAGAAUCGUGUCUUGGAUUCAGAUGCUUACCUCCUCCAUGUUGAGGAGCACAGAUUUGCCGCGGCAGGCCUUGAUAACUGGCAGAACAAGUGCUAUGUGCCCGCAUCGUCAGACACGAUGGUCAUUGCCUUCAGGAACUGGUUCAAGAAGUUCUGCAAGAAUCAGGUUGGUUGGGCAACCCCACAAGCUGAUCAGCUGCCACCAACCCCUACCAAGGAUCAGCUCAUGGAGAGGUACUGGUCGCACGUUGUGCAGUGCACAAGCUGCAGCGCCGCGCUGAAGGCCAUGAAGGUGCUCGAGGUCGCCCUGCAGGUCACGUCGGUCGCUAUUGUUGGGUUCCUCGCCGUCGUCAAGGGGACGUUGGUCACAUCAGCUGUUCAGAGAACUGCAGUCGUCUCUGCUGCCAUGCUGUGCUUCGCCGCAUCCCGCUGGCUCGCAAAUUUCAUCGAUAAGAAUUUCUAUUUCCAGGAUUACUCCCAUGCUUACAAAUGAUGCAUUGGGAGAUCCUGCAUUUUUGGUUCUAGGAGAUUGCACUUUGCGACUUUAUAUAACUUAGAAGGCCCGUAAGGUGAUUUAAAUCCUGCUA